UGUACCAUACGUCAAUUGUCAAAUUUUCCAAAAUUUUCCCAAACAAAAUUAUUCUCUUUCGACAUGAAAUAAACAAUUUAACCAAGAAACUAUCUAAAUAAUCAACUACCAAUUAUUCAAAUAUAACCUUACAAAGCGCACAAUGCAUGGUUUACGUAACUGGGCAUUAAAUUUCGCGUCCAAAGGUCGAAGAAGGGUUUUCAGGCAAGUUUUAAGUGAAGACCGGUGUAGAUGGUUGUCCACAGUGGAAAAUCCGCCAGGAGUGAAAGACGUCCCUCAGUUUUCUAUACCAAAAGCCGUCGUUGGGCAGGCGACUUGCCACACACACCCUCAUCUCAUACCACCCGGUCAGUUGACAUGUGGCAUUACACAGAUGGAGUACAGGGAACGGAGGGACGCGCUUGUUACCAAAUUGAUGGCAGAAGUGCAAAAUGCCCAUAAAACGCACAUUAUUGUAAUACCAGCGGCUUGCAAACAGUACAUGUCUGAUAUAAUACCGUAUGUGUUCAGACAAAAUUCUGACUUUUUCUACUUAACGGGCUGCCUAGAACCGUCUGCAAUUCUGGUAUUAGUGAAACCAGCACAGACAAGCAAUUAUAAGAGUAUCCUAUUUGUACAUGACAAAGACAGUCAUGCCGAACUCUGGGACGGACCACGGACGGGCUGUAAUGCUGCUGUUCAGCUUUUUGCUGUUGACGAAGCACGACCGGUCGAACAAUUUGAAACCUUCCUUGGCAAGAUAUUCAACUCCUCAAAACCAUCGGUACUCUGGUACAACGAUAGGAGUCAGGCCAACCCCGACUUGAACUCUACAGUGGCGAGUGUCUUACGUAAUAAUGGUCAUGUGUCCCUCUCCGACCCACAGCGGACAUUACACUUCCUAAGGGUGAUCAAGUCGCCCGCUGAGAUCGAGCUUCUGAAGGAGACGUGUUAUAUUGGCUCCCAGUCAAUAAAUAUGGCGAUGGCAUGCACUAAACCUGGUGUAUCGGAGCAUAUGGUGAACGCGGUGCUGGAGUACACGUGCCGGCAGGGCGGCGCCGAGCACCUCGCGUUCCCGCCGGUGGUGGCGGGCGGCGCCCGCGCCACGCACAUACACUACAUCGCCAACAAUCAGAUACUGCAUGAGCGGGACAUGCUACUCGUUGACUCGGGCAGCCAGCGCUGGCUGUACAACUCCGACAUAUCGCGCACGUGGCCGGUGUCCGGCAAGUUCUCCAAACACCACCGCAUACUGUACGAGCUCGUACUUAACGUACAAAAACGUCUGAUUGAACUGCUGGGCGAGCACCGGCCGGCGCUGGACCAGUUAUUCGACAGCAUGUGUCGACUGCUCGGGACGCAUCUGCAACAAGAGGGCAUACUGCCCAAAAACAUAGAUGGCAAUGAGCUUAUUGGUAAAGCAUACCGGCUGUGUCCGCACCACGUGUCGCACUACCUCGGGCUGGACGUCCACGACACGCCACUGGUGCGGCGCGGCGCCGCCGUCCGACCCGGCAUGCUGGUCACCGUCGAGCCAGGUAUCUACAUCCGUGAUGACGACGAGAUGGUGCCCCCGGAGUUCCGCGGCGUGGGCAUCCGCAUCGAGGACGACGUGCUCAUCACGGAGGGCGAGCCGCUCGUGCUCACCGACACGUGCGUCAAGGAGGUCCGCGACAUCGAGGCCAUCGUUGGAAAGCACGCGCUCUAGACUCUUUCCCUGUCUCAUUAACCGACUUCAAAAAAGAAGGUUCUCAAUUCGGUUUUUUUUUUUAUAUAUAAUAUAUAUACUUACAGAUUGGUCUCAUAGAAAUUUUAUCAAAAUCGGUUUAGUAGUUUACGUUUUUAUUUAAAUCAAAAUAACUAGUGUUUGUCAUCACAACUGAAAUCGGGUUUUUUUGAGACCCAAACAUUAUUGUUCGGUGAACAAUCUUGAUAUAUAAAAAAAUAAAAUAAUUACCAUAGGAAAAUUAAUCUAUGAAAUAAUUAAGCUAUAAAAAUUAUUUAUAGCUUAAUUUUUGCGAUCUUAUAACCAGUAUUUGUUCCCAUUUUGUUAUAAGUUACUAAAUUUUACUUCUAAUAGAACAUGGUGUCUAAACUUUUUAACUAACUUUUUUUGUUAGUGACUUUACUAGUUAUUUAUAAAAAAAAAAUUGAACUUGAAUAUAUAGAAUAGACAAUAUUAAACAUAACAAUUGUGUUUAUAUAAUACAUUGUAAAUGUUAUUUAUACAGAAAUAAAUUUGAAAUAACGAAAUUAUACAAUUUGUAAUAAAUUGUAACUCUGAUAUAAAAUGUAGUAGUCAUGAAACUACUUUUGUAUUAUCUUUCCCUAGAUUAUAUAGAUAGUGUCUCCAUACAAAUGAUUAGAGAAAAGCUGAUCAACUCUUGCAUACAAUUUUGUGUGAUAAAUAAUAAUGAGUAUUUCCUUUAUAAUGCUCAAGAACUAAUUUUAUUUAUUAAAUAAUUAAAUAUGGAUACAUCAAAAUACAUUGUGUGUGUAAGUAAAGGAAACACCUUUAUAACUUCUAUAUUUAUUUUGUUUUAUAAUUUUUCCAUCUUUUUGUAUCUUAGAUACGUCAAGAUACAGUUUAUUCGUAAGUAUAUAGAACACUGAUAAAAAAACGAGCCAGCUAAUUUGACAAUUAGCUGACAAAAAGUUAACUCGUUUUUGAAGCGCGAUGCUCUAUCUAUAUAAUCUAAGUAUCUUCUUUCGUACUGAAUCGAUGGUAAUGUUUCGGUUUAUAUGAAUGUUAAAAAAAUUUCCCUGUUUCUUGUAGAAAGUUACUCGACUUCACAAUCGCUAUAAUAGUUAUAAUAUAAUAGUUUAUGUAAUCAAAACGAAGUUAACAGUAGUUUUAAGUUUUUUUUUAAUAGAAAAUAGAAUCAAUGUUUCAUGUGGCUAGCCUGAUGGUGAGUGAUCACCGCAGCCCAUAGUAACUAGUAACACUAAAGACGUCCUUAGCCUUUCAAGAAAACAUAAGGUUUUGUUAUUAAAAAUUCCAAUGUAAAUUUUGUUAAAAAAUACUGUUGCAGGGAAUCUAUUUUAAAACACCAUUCUAUUUGUCUAGAAAUGAAGUUAAAUAAAUUACAAUUAUACCAAAUUGAUAACAAUAGAUGACAUAAAUUUAAAACUAAACUGUAUGAAUACCUAGUAAACAGAACAUACGAGUACUAUUCAAUUGACGAUUACCUUGGAGAUAAAUGUAAUAAAUUUCCAUAAUAUUAUAAUUUUUUACUAUAAAUGUGACAUUUUUUAU